AUGAGUGUUAAAUCCGAGAAAUCAAGCACAAUGAGAAAUGAUGACAGACAAGUCCAGACAGAGACACACAAAGAGGAUUAUCCCAAAGCACAAAAACAGCUGGUAAGUUUCUUAGAUAUUAAAAAUGUAACUAAAAUAAAAGAAAUGUUUACCAAUAUAAAAAUACUCCAUUGAUAAGCAAACCUGUUAUCGUGUGUGUGUAUGUGUGUGUAUGUAUAUAUAGAUAGAUAGAUAUAAAUCUAACCGGAGACAGGGAAACACAAGCUGCCUUGGGAGCUGAGAUUCAAAGUAACCGCACAGACACACUGUACAAAUUUCAAACCCAACUCAUUUAUUGAUCCAAAAGUAAGAUAUUAGAUAGAUUAGUGGAAAACUGGCUUAGGUAAUGCAUCAGGUGUAUUUCAUCAGUUAGUUAAUGGUAAAUUUACAUGGCAAAAAGGAACAUGGGGAAGAUGAGAAAAAUGCGUCAAUUGAAAAUGUCAUAUGUCAAGCUAAAAUAAACAUGGCAGAGAGGUGUUUUCUUGAUAGAACAAGAUAUGAUGUUCAAAAACCUGUAUUUUGCAACUACAUCUUCAUGCCCAUUAGUAGGCCAGUCUUACACUAGGAUCAGGCUAUAGCCCAAUCAAAGUAGUUACAAGUGCCACUGGUAAUAGCUAGCUAAGUAGAUACCCAGAUUUGUUAGUGGGAUUUUCUAAAGAACCUUUUUUGUCUUCUAGCUACUUUUUUUUUUUUUUUUAUCCUAUAAAAGCUUUGUAGUAGAGCAAGGGUUUCUAGAUAUUUAAAUUCAUGUAUGAACCAUUUAAAGUAGGAAAGGAAUUAGCAGAUCUACAACGAUCAAGAUGCAAAAACAAUUUAUUUAUUAGUUAGGCCAAAAGAAUCAUAAUGGUUUUGUUGGUACCUAACUUGCUUUAAAAUGUGGAACACUUCCUUUUUUUAGCAAAAUCAGUACAUUUUGUAAUGUAGAAAAGGAUACUGUUUGAUUUUUGUCACUCAGAGCCAAAACUAUUAAUUUAAUUGAAACUUUGGGAGCAGUGCCAUUUCUGCCUAUUUGUAUCUUUUGUAAGUUCAUUUGGCUAUUUUGUACACAUGGUAAUGUUUGACUUCUGAAGUAAUACCAAACUCUGGUUUUUAGUCUGACACUGGUUUUAAUUUUUUUGCAAUAUGUUUUAAUCUAGAUGAGCAUUACAUAACCUAGUGAAUGCAGUAGUGUUGGUUUUAAAUUGUGGGUUUUCUUUUUUUAAAUAUAUUUAUGCAUAUUUUAGCAGCAGAUUGAACGGCAGCUGAAAUGUUUAGCUUUUCAAAACCCUGGACCUCAGGUAGCAGAUUUCAACCCAGAGACUAGAAUCCAGAAGAAGAAAGCUUACCUGUCCCAGAUGAAUGGAUAUUACUCUACAAACAAGUAAGAUACACCAGUGUAUUUGCUAAACGGGCAGUUGGAUCGAUAUAUUAUACAUUUUCCCAACUCUAUAUUUUUGAUAGUUGAUUGUGAACUGUUGGUAAUCUAGCUUACAUUACAUCAUCAACUUUACAUUUUUUUUUUUCUUCAUGGUGGAAUCUGCUUGACUGAACAUAAUGACAAAUGUAGUCUGCUCAACUGGUGGGUUGCAUAUUAAAGGGAAACAAUAGUACCAGGAAAACAAAUUUGUUUUCCUGGUACUAUAGCUUCCCUCUCUGCCAAAACCCCCACAGUGCAGAAGGGGGAGAUAACAUUUUCUGUCACUUACUUGGGUCCAGCGUCAAAGUCACUCGGUGCUGGCUUGGGUCCGCCUUCAAUCCUCCCCAGUUGGCGGGGGGGGGGAACUAAUGCGCAUGCCGAUCUUGCAUUAGGAUUUUCCCAUAGGAAAACAUUAUUCAAUGCUUUCCUAUGGGGAUUCCGGUGACGCUGGAAGUACUCUUGCAUAGCAUGAGGACAUCCAGUGUUAUAUAUGCGACCAAAAGUCACCUUCCAGCCCAGAAGUCCCUCUAGUGGCUGUCUGGUAAACAGCCACUAGAGGAGGAGUUAACCAUUGUAGGUUUAUGAAAAAACUGCAAUAAUUACAUGCUCAGGGUCAAGGAUGAUGGGACACUGCACUCACACCACUCUAACGAGCUGAAGUGGUCUGGGUGCCUACAGUGUCCCUUUAUUGUUGCUAUUUUUUUGGAAGUGAAUGCUUAUCUUGUAACUUUGUGACUGCUGCUACUUUACUUCACUUGUUUUCAUUAAAUAUAAUUAGAUGGACCAUAAAGGGUUACUGUAGCCCUUUUUAUUUUAUUUUUUUAUAUAAAAACCAUUAUUCUUUUCAAGCUAAAAUGACCAAUUGAAUGUUAUUAAACCCCCUCCUGUAAAAACAUCAUUCAAAUAUACCUGUAAUCCAGCAUCGGGCAAAUCUCCUGGUGCUGAUCACCCUCCCAUAUCUGAUGUCAGCAGGAGGCCUCAUAUGGUCCAUUCAGUCUUCUCAUAAAGAAGCAUGUGAUUCAAAAUUUUCAGCAAAUCAGAGCACAUGUGCACACUCUGCACAGGGAUGGGGUGAACAGGAAAGGGAUUUUUUAUUUUUUUUUUUAACAAAAGCAACGCAGGGUGGGCUUAAUAAAGGGGAGUGCAGAGUGAGCUCCACCUGCAAGGAUAGAAGUUAAGCACGUCAGCAUGUCUGACAUAUUUAGAAUAUUAGCCGUUUUCCUGUCUUUCUCAGGGUUUCUUUGAAGAAGUAUGACAAGAAAGGCAAACUCCUUUGCAAUAACAGAGACUUAUGUGACUGCCUGGAAGAAAAAUGCCAAGGAUGCUUCUAUCCCUGUCCCAAAUGUAGCUCUACAAAAUGUGGACCAGAAUGUCGCUGCAACAGGAAAUGGGUGUAUGACCGAAUCCAAACAGAGUCUGGUAAGGUCAUCAGCAAGCUGCCAUUUUAUGUUCCCAACUAA